CUCAUUCUUAAUAACAAAACACAGAAACUGAUCAAUGGAGAAUUUAUAUUCUUCUAUUUGGUUUCAUCAUGAGAACACUGAUGAGAUGAGGCAGAAUCUACAUAACACUCUGUUCGAACUAGAAACACUGAAAAUAGAACUCAGUGAGAAAUCAAGAACACACGCAGAAGAAAUCAACCAACUUCUCACUCUCCUCAAAUCCACUCAACAAGAACGAGAUGAAGCUAAAGAACAACUAUCUCAAUUUCUCAUCCAAGCCCAAAACCUUAAUUCAAGAAGCAACACUGAAUCAAACAGCUUUUCUCGUGAUGAAUCUUCUUCAUCGCCUUCUUCCUCAGAACUCUCCAGCUUCCUCAACAUUCAUCAUCCUCAGCCGUCGAUGAUCCUCGAAGAUCCGACGGCUCAUAAUCAUCAGCUCGAUCCUCUAGACGUUCUCGUGAUGGGGAAAGCUUUUCCAGAAACGGGGAGGCUUUUAAAAGCGGUGGUGGAAGCUGGACCGCUUCUUCAAACGCUUCUCAUGGCGGGACCGCUCCCAAAAUGGGUAAACCCACCGCCUAAAACGCAAUCGCAGCGUUUUGAAUUACCUCCUCCUAUCUCGUUUAGAGGGUCUGAUGUGAAUAGUAGCGGCGCGUUGGGACGAUGUGAUUCUCUGACGUGUUCUGGUUCGGUUACGAGACUUGGGUUCGGUUCGAAUCCGGUUAUCGAACAAACAAUGUUAAUCGGAAAGAGGCAGAGAUUAGAGUAGUGAAUCGACUUUACUAAGAUUUCUCAGAACAGUAUUGUAAGUUCUAAGUUGGCUGAUUAUUUUGUCCCUUCUUUAUGCUUCCAUCUCCGGUUUGAUCCGGUUCGGUUUUUGAAUCAAGUCUGGUUCUGGAUGAUGUUUUGUUUUUGGGUUCAUCACCACUUUUAUUAAAAAAAAAUUUGAAAAAUGUAGAUUUUAGUCGAUUUGUUUUUCUUUUCAAGAGUCUAAAAAG